AUGGAGAUGAACGAAACAGUAUUAAACGAGUCGCUGGUAUCGACGACUCCAGAAAGUUGUUACUUCGAGCAACCGCCGAUGAUCAACAUCCGAUUCUGGCUCGUCACUGUGUUCGGUUCAACCGUUUCGUUCAUCAGCAUCAUGAAUAACGUGCUUCUUUUCUAUGUGUUUAUAUCGAGAAAGCAUCAUCGCAGCAAUCACAAUGUUUAUCUGAUGUUAUUGGCCUUUUUCGAUAUCUUCGUUAGCACUGCCUAUAUUCUUCUGAUGUCUGUGAAUGUCCUCAUUGAUUAUCUCAUAUCUGCUCGUUUAAUGCAAAUAUGGUUUUCUUACAUGGUACCAAUGAUAACGAUAUCUCAUGUGGCUAUGACGUCGUCGUCUUUUCUCAUCGUGUGCGCUUCGUUUGAGCGUUACUGUCUCACCGUGAAUUCUCCAUUUCUUCCAUUCGCUCAAAAUAAUCGAAAAUUGAUAGCUGGUUUUGCAAUUCUUUUCGGAGUGAUCAGCAAAGGCACAAUGUGUUUCGAGUUUGAGUUCUACGACCUACCCGAAUGCGAAGGUAUCCGCAACUUUGUGACCGUUUUUGCUCCGUUCUUCAUUUUGGCGUAUUUCAAUAUACGCAUUGUGAAGGCACUCACCAAGCACACAAAAAUGACCGUAUGUCAACUGGCUGGUAACGCCUUGGUUGAACAGGCUAAACGC